UGGCAGCAGCCAGCAGCUGACAUUUGACAUUGACGUAAUUUUAUGAAAUGUGAAAUUUAUCAAAUAAAAACUGGAAAUUGCAAUGAUAUUGAUAAAUGCUUAAUACAAGAAAAAUAAAAACUGAUUUAAGACAUACUUAAACUACAUUAAACUAUGAAAAAUUCUUGAUACAUAGUUUUAUUCACAAACAUAUUUUGCAUUUACUUCCAAUUGUAUCUAAGUAAUACAAUAAUUCUUAAAGUUUAAAGUAUUUUGAGUAUGUAUUAUUAUGAGAUAAAUAUUAAUAUAAUUUAAUACAAUCAUGAGUGAUAUUGAAAUCAACGAGGCUCUUGCCUCGUUGGAGUUGGUUAUGUCAGAAUUCAACGCUCCAACGACAAGCAACUUCAGGAAAAGGGAGAUUGAAGUUAUGUUAGAAAACUUUUUCAACAAUAGGGAUUCAUGGAAACAUUGUUUAUUGUUUUUUCAAAAAUCGCAGAAUCACUAUGUUCUCAUGUUUAUACUGAAUACCCUAGAGAAUAUAAUAAACAGACAAUGGUUUCAUUUAACGGACAAUGAGAAAGUGCAGAUACGACAAACAUUAAUAUAUGAGUUAAUGGCUAAACAUGAGGUUAUGUUGUAUUUUAUACGAAAUAAGUUAGCUGCACUCAUUGUUGCUAUAGCUCGUAAUGAUUGGCCACAUCUCUAUCCGGACUUUUUCAAUAAUAUUGUAGAGUUAUUAAAAUGUGAUGGACGACGUUGCAUUGUGGGAUUAGUUCUAGCACAGACAGCUAGUGAAGAACUGGGUGCUGCUCGGGACACUGGCGUGCUAUUGCCAUCGGCACGACGUAACCAGUUGGAACGGUUAAUGCUUAAAGGGAUGCCACAAAUGCUGGCAGCAUUAAGCAGUAUUUUGGAAAAGAAUGCACAGAAAGAGGGACAGUCUAAUCCCCCACCAUCACCAACUGGGGGGAUGCCACAAACCUCAGCAUUGCCUGAUUUAUUGGCUAAUGCUCAUGAUGUACAAGCUACAGAUAAAACCUUAAAUAUGGAAAUAGUAGUGAAGACUCUUACUACACUUCAACAUUUAUUUUCUUGGUUGCCUUUGUCCUCUCAUGUUCCACCUUCUCUUGUUACAACUGUAUUUUACUGGGGAAGUGUCGCCACACAAUCACAGAGUCUGGAAGCGGCGCUGGCGGGUCUCGGGGGUGUGUGCGAGCUGCUGUACCGGCGGUACGCGCCGCCGUCGUCCGCCGCGACCGCGCUGCGCCUGCACCACUGCGCGCUGCGCCUGCUGCGCCACCUCACGCACCACGCGCACCACAUGCACCGCGCGCAACACGAUUACCUAAAUAAAUUAGCAGAGUUUUUGAAGUUGUUUGUAUCAUUGCAUUUCAAGAGACUUGAAGCUGAACCUGAAUUUGAUGCUAUUGAAUUCCUUUCUUAUUUAUUCCAAUUUACAUUCCAGGUGCCAACAUGUGCUACAUUUAUUAGUUGUUUAGAUAUUUGGUUACAAUUUAUUGAUGUGUUGAAACCAGAAGAUACGGCUAAGUACUGGGAAGCCCUACAAGCGCUUGUUAAUGGCAUUCUUAAUAAAAUUCAGUUUCAACAUAACAAGGCCCAAUUGCAACAACUGGAUAACGAUGUAUGCGACGAUGACGGUGAAACUGAAUGGCAGACAUUCCUUAAACAUUGCAUAGAAUGUAUUGCAAGGGUAGCUGACUUAGCACCCCUGGAAGUUUUUACUGCCGUGAUGGAGCGCUGGCAAGGAUUAGCGGGGGUCCACGCCCGCGCCGUUGGGCGAGCACCGGGUGUAGCGGCCCCGGGACCGACGGACGGGGACCGCUUGUUGGCGGCCCUGUUGGAUCUAGCUACACUGACCAGGUUGUUGGGCCGGUUGGCGCCCGCGUUGCUAAGUGAAACGGAGAGCGGUGGUGGCGAGGGUGCGGGGGCGAGCGCGGGGAGCGCGGCGAGCGCGGCGGGCGCGGCGCUGGUGGAGCGGUGCGCGGGCGCGCUGGCGGGCGCCGCGCUCACCCGCCCGCACCGCACCGCCGCGCCCGCGCACGCCAACGCGCACGUCAUGCUCCAUGCCGAGAUGUUCGCAUGCAUGGGUGCGUGGUGUUGCUACGCAAAUGACUGUGGUGUACCAGCACAGACUAUGGAGGGACUUUUCACAUCAGCUAUACCAUUUUUAAUUCCUCAUGAAGUUCCAGAACCACCCUUAUUAUGCCACGCGGCAGCGCAUUUAUUACUUAGCUUGUCGAAGAAUGUAAAAUUUUCCCGAGACCCAAUCACUUUAUUAGGGGACCUCUAUCAUCACGCUGAAAGAUCACUCCACUAUUUGGAAUCUAAGACAGCAGCAGUAGUCCGCGAAGCACUAGUCUCGAUGUCGCUAUCCCGCGGGCCGGGCGCGGGCGGGGAAGCGGCCCGAGCACUCAUAGCAGCGUGGGCGGGCGCACUCACUACCGCUGGGCCGAAACAAGCAUUGCCCCCGCUAACGGACCUGCUGCACGCGUUCGCGGGAGCGCCUACUAAUUCUAAAAAAAUUAUAGCAGAAGGCAUACAAUGGGCUGCUGAGAGCUCGUUGCGCAUGUUGUGUGAGCCGGCCUACUCGAACGCGGAGUCAGAGAUAACAGAUUUCUUCCUAGCUCUCUUCACCGCGCUGUUACCGCAACUUGGGAAUUUCGCAUACACUGCCAUUGAAGUGUUCUUGGAGGUUGCACAAAAGGAGACGGGCGACAGCGAAGUGAGCCUGGAGCGGCUGGUGGAGUGCGUGCGGCUGGGCGUGGAGGCGGGCGGCGCGGGCGUGCGGGUCAGUGCUGUGCUCGCGCUGCUGCACCACCGCGUGCUGCCGCAAGCCGCGCCGCACGCGCCCGCGCUCGCACGAGCUGCGCACCGCCUGCUCGCUAGCGUGCUGGUGCACCGGUGGCGCUACUUCUUCCCGCACAAGGUGUCGGCGGGCGAGGGCGCGCGGCGGCUGGACGAGCUGCGCGGCGCGCUGGCGGCGCUGGGCCGCGCGCUGCUGCUGCCCGACAUCGAGCUGCUGCGCAUCAACAUCGCCACGCUCGACCUGCUCAACACCAAGUGGAAGCUCUUCCACAAGGCGGUGUUCCGCGCGGAGUUCCUGUGCGAGUUCCUGUCGGUGCUGGUGGCGGGCGCGUGCGAGGGCGGUGCGCGGGCUCUACUGCGCGACGAGGCGCUGGGCUGCGCGCACGCGAUGGCCACGCUCGACUUCACGGCCUUCCGCCUCGCCUUCCUGCCGCGCUUCCUCGCCUCGCUCGACCUCGCGCCGCACCACGCCGCGCACCUCGCUGACUUCCCGCCCGAUACGGAUCUGCCGACGUUCACGCAAAACAUUAUCCGUUUGAUGAACGACGUGAACUGUUAUAGAGCUUACAAAUCGCUGCCUAUUCCCGUGAUAGACGCCUAGAAAUUCGCGCAAUAUACACUGGUGCUGUGAUAUGGUCGUUAUGUUUGGCAUUAUAUAUGGAAAUUAAAUAUUGUUAUUCAUUGGUCUUAUCCAAAAACAAAACAUAUUUAGUAGAAAAUUGGGUGAAAUAAAUAAAUCGGUUUUUAAACGAUGGAAUUUUGUGUAAUUUUACGUACCUAUACUUGUAGCUUGUACGAAGUGUUAAAAUAUUUUACUAGUCAAGUACUUUAUAAGAUAAAUAUAAUUGUCUUUUAUUCAAAUUAA